AUGACCUUGGCAAAUUGGGUCUGGCUGCUGAGGCUGAAGGCGUCUGGUGUUGCAGACGUGGUGGUCGGCUCGUACAUGGAGGGCCGCGCUCGGGUGUUCCUGGCGAGGCCUACCGUCUCGCUGGUGGCCUCGGUGACGGGCCCAGAGUCGCUGAGGCUGGCCGAUCGCCGCACAAACAUCACCGCCUGCCUCACGUACACCAGCUACAGGUUCCAGGACGAUGUUGAAGCGACAAUGGUGUUCAGUGGCGACGGAUCAGCAGAUAGUCGACCAGUAACUAUAUCAAAUGGAAAGACCCAUUGUGAAAACGUCACAUGGACUAUAAAGGCAAGGGACAAGCUUGAACCAGUACAUGUCAAGGUCCGGGGAGAAAUUCGGGAUAAAAAUGACGGCGCGUUCUGCGGCGACUGCCCGGUGGCUGACCCGCAGCGUAGCGUGGGCGGCUCGGUGCUCAUCCCGUUCAACACGGGCUGCCGGAACGAGGCACGCUGCGAGUCCGAUCUGCGCCUCUCCGUGGACGCCUCCUGGCAGCCGUCCGUAGUGGGCCAGGGCGAGGCGCUCCCGGUAGAGCUGUUGGCGACGGUGGAGAACACGCCGGGCUACGACACGGCCCACGUGGCCGGCGUGCGGCUGGAGGCGGCCGUGCAGCCCCCGGAGGCGGCGUGGGGCGGCCUCCGCCUGGCCGACACCAGCGGCGCAGACUGCGAAGUCCUGCGCGCCCCCAACGCCUCCAGCAUCGCGCUACGCUGCAAUCUGCGCAUGCUCAAGAUGCGCCCCGGCUGGAGGAUGUUGGAAUCACAUUACCCUUCGGAAACUAUGGAGACACGGGCGUCCGACCCAACAAGCAGAAGGAAGACAGACCAAAAUGACAGUGAACACUGCCCUGACAGCUCGGCGCCCUUCUCAUAA